UGAAUAUAAAUAUUAGUAUUUGAUAACAGAAGCUAGUAAUAAGUGUGUGUCUCUUUAGUGCUCUCUGUUUCUUCUGCUAUGAAAAAACUUCAUGGCGAAUUUUGAGGAUAUGGAAGAGAAUCAGUGGGUCUGUUUUCUAUUUUCUUUUCUUUUUCUCAGUUCAUCGAAACUAUAACCCACUAAACAAAUAAACCAAAUUAUUUAUUCAUAAAAAGCAAAAAAAAAAAUCAAUUUCUUGUUUUUGUUUCUUUCUCCAAUCUCUCUUGUGUAACGUUUCAUGUUACAACACUUUGAUAAAUAAAAUUUUAGUAAGAAAGUGCGAGUAACUCGGGAGUUAUAAAAACAAAAACAAAAAAAACAAUUUAUAUAAAAUAAAGCUUUCGUCUUUUCAGUUACUUUUUUAUUUCAUUUUCUCUACUUUUCUCUUUUGUCACACUUUCAUUUUAUUUUUUUCUCAAAUCAUGGAGGCAACAGAAUUGCAUUAGCUUCAUUUUCUCUCAAACUUCCACAAUCUUCAAACUUUCUGAUCUUCCAGUGAAUGAUGCUAAAGAAGAGAUCAAGAAGCAAGCAAGCUUUAAUGGCGGAACCAAACCAGAGUCAGAAUCAGAAACAGAGUAAACCGACGCCGUUUCCAAGGCUAUUCACAGCUUUUAGUAGCUUUAAAAGCUUCACUGAAAACGACGCCGUCGCGAGUCCAACUUCGAUUCUCGACACCAAACCUUUCUCUGUUUUGAAAAACCCUUUUGGAUCCGAUAACCCGAAAACCCACGAACCCGAAACCCGUCUCAGACUCGAACCCAAAAGAAUCGGACUCGCCAUUGUCGAUUCUUUAAUCCAAGACGAAACACCCGAACCCGGACCGAGAUCCGGGACGAUUCUAUUCGGGUCUCAGCUUCGGAUCCGGGUCCAGGAUUCUCCACGUUCCUCGUCGGAUUUCGGGAUCAAAACGAGGAAUUCUCAACCGGAGACGAAGAAGCCGGAUCCCGGGUCGGGUCUUGGAUCGCCCAGAAUCAUCUCCGGCUAUUUCUCGGCGAGCGAUAUGGAGUUAUCGGAGGAUUACACAUGCGUGACGUGUCACGGGCCUAACCCGAGAACCAUUCAUAUAUUCGAUAACUGUAUCGUAGAGAGCCAACCCGGCGUCGUUUUAUUCCGGAGAUCCGACCCGGUUAACGAAUCGGAUCCGGAUUAUUCCCCACCCGACAGUUUUCUCAGUUCUUGCUGUAACUGUAAGAAGAGUCUUGGACCUCGUGAUGACAUUUUCAUGUACAGGGGAGAUAGAGCUUUCUGUAGCAGUGAAUGCAGGUCCAUAGAGAUGAUGAUGUCAGAGGAAAAUGAUAUUAAAUGAAAUAAGUUUUUAUUGAGUUAUAUAUAAAAAAAAGUUAUGAUAAUGACUAUGAUUAAUAAAAUGUUAAGAUAUGAUGAAUUUUGUUUAGUUGCUUUUGUUUUGGUUUGGAGUAUAUGUAUCUAUGUGUAUUAUGUGUCUACAUGCAUAAUCAUAUAUACAUGUUUUACUUUAAUGUUACUUUAAAUCCUUAAUAACA